CAAAACUGUUCUUAAAUUUAAUAUAGCAAACAUUAUUUUACUGUUAUUAGUAUACAUAAUUGGUAUUUUCUAGAAAUAUUAAAUUUAUUUAAACCAAAUUAGAGAUGCUGUCGAUUAUUGUCAGAUGUUUGCCGAUUGCUCAUCAACGCUUAUCAAAUCAACGAUCUUCGCCGCAAUCGCUUUCGACGCAGCCCGUGAAAUUUCCGUUCCCCCUCCUGGAUUUUGAUCAUAUGGGCUCUAUUGGUUCAUCGCUGCGGUCACAAACCAUCGACAUGUCUUCGAAGUCUGCAAAGUUUGUUGAGAACACCAUUGCCAGCCAUAAGGUGGUGAUAUUUAGCAAAACCUUCUGUCCCUACUGCAAAAUGGCAAAGGAGCCAUUCCAGAAGCUCAAUGUGCAGGCCACAGUCAUUGAGCUGGACGGCAAUCCAGACGGCGACGAGAUCCAGACCGUGUUGGGCACGAUUACAGGUGCCAGGACGGUGCCUCGAGUCUUUAUUGAUGGAAAAUUCGUUGGUGGCGGCACGGACAUUAAACGAAUGUACGAUACGGGAGAUCUCCAAAAAUACUUUGCCUAAUCGGUGGUGCAACACUAUACACGUGGAUAUCUGGUGUUAAGCUCGCUUUCAUGUACAAAAGUUAUCAUCAUGAUUAAAGUCUCUAUAGAUGAUUUCAGCUAAUA